AACAAAUCUAGAACCACACCUCCUAUAUACUAAGCAUAUAUCCUCUUCUUCUCUCUUCUUGUGUAUAAUUGGUCAUCCUAGUUUAAUUAGUCACAACCUCCCAAUUUUAUUGCCGAGUCCAUUGCUCUCAUUCAAACCUUUCUUCUCAGUCUUCACUUUACUCUUUCUCCUUUUUUCUUCUUCAUAUAAUGGCCAAAGGAAGUGGACUCUCCUUUGAUCCAGAUCGCAUCUCCAAUAAUCUCUUCUUCUGCCACAACCCUACUCAUAUAUUAUACUCUUUUCAACAACAAAACAAACAAUCGCACCCUAAUAAUCAUCUUCUUCAUAACCUAAAAUCCGUACCCGAAAAAAACCAACAUCAUCAUCAACAAGAAGAAGCUGAUAUUGCUGCUGAAAAGCGAAGGAAAAAGAAAGCAUUUUUGUGUAUGGAUAUGGAUAUGGACGACGACCCGACACCACCGACUACUUUUCAGUUCCCAGUCAGCCUUAACUGCGCCGCUUCUUCUAAUCACCAUCAUCAAUAUCGUCGUCGUCGCCAUGGAAAUGAUGACGAUGACGAUGUCGAUGAUGAAGAAAACCGUUCAGGUCGUCCACGGAACGGUGACGUUCAUCACCAUGAGAUGGAUUUUUUUGCUGAUAAUAAUAAAAAACUGGAUAAGUUGUCUUCUAAGGCAGAAGGUACCAUGAACAGUGUGGUUUCUCCUCCUGUUGUUGAUGGUGUUGAUAAUCAAAAAGAUCUCAGUGGACCUUCUGAUGAAUUGGGCUUCAAUAUCAAUACUGGAUUGCAUCUGCUCACCAGAAACACAAGCAGUGAUCAAUCAACAGUGGAUGAUGGAAUCUCUCCAAACUCUGAUGAUAAAAGAUCCAAAAGCGAGCUAGCGGUUCUUCAAGCCGAGCUAGAGCGAAUGAACGUGGAGAAUCAGCGGUUGAGAGAAGUUUUGAGCCAAGUCACAGGCAACUACAACAAUCUACAAAUGCAUUUGAUGGCCAUAAUGCAACAACAAAGAGACAAUCAUCAUCAUCAUCAAGAAGAAGAAGAUGGAAAAAUGGAAGUAGACAACAAAAAGAUCCAUCACGGGGGAGGAGGAGGAGGACUAAUGGUGCCUAAGCAGUUCAUGGAUCUCGGGCUCGGUACUGCUGCUGCUUCCGUCAACAUCGAUGAGACAUCGUUAUCAUCGGAAAGCAACAGCGGUGGCGGUGUCGGUGUUGCCAGCAGCAGUCAGGAACUAUCCCGAUCGCCUCAGGCUAACACCGACAUCGGGGAUCAUGGGAUUGAGGAUAGUCCUGAAAAGGGAUCUUGGGGGGCCAACAAAAUUGCAAGGCUGAAUAAUAAUAAUAAUAAUAGUAGUAACAAUAAUAAUCAUAAUACGAAAAAUGUUGAUCAGGCUACCGAGGCGACUAUGAGGAAAGCUAGAGUAUCUGUCAGAGCUCGAUCAGAAGCACCAAUGAUCACUGAUGGAUGUCAAUGGCGGAAGUAUGGUCAGAAAAUGGCCAAAGGAAACCCGUGUCCCCGAGCUUAUUACCGCUGUACCAUGGCAGCUGGCUGCCCAGUUCGGAAACAAGUUCAAAGAUGUGCUGAGGACAGAACAAUUUUGAUCACAACCUAUGAAGGAAACCACAACCAUCCAUUACCACCAGCAGCCAUGGCUAUGGCUUCAACAACAUCAUCAGCAGCAAGAAUGCUGCUUUCAGGUUCAAUGCCAAGUGCUGAUGGAAUCAUGAACUCUAAUUUCUUGGCAAGAACUCUCCUCCCUUGUUCAUCAAGCAUGGCUACAAUCUCAGCUUCAGCACCAUUUCCUACUGUUACUUUGGACCUAACUCAAAACCCUAACAACCCAUUGCAAUUCCAGAGACCCCCAAACCAAUUCCAAAUCCCUUUCCCGCCACCAGCUAACGCGACGCAAAAUUUCGUCGCUAAUCCGGCGACAUCCCUUUUGCCACAGAUUUUUGGGCAAGCGGCAUUGUACAACCAAUCCAAGUUCUCCGGCCUACAAAUGUCGCAAGAUAGUUGUAGCAGAGAAGCUGCGGAAUUAGGUCACCAACAACUGCCGCAACCGUCGCACCACGGCCAGCUGCCACUUCCGUUGGCGGAUACCGUCACGGCUCUCACCGCCGACCCUAAUUUUACCGCCGCUCUGGCCGCCGCGAUAACUUCUUUGAUCGGGAAUUCACAUCCGAACAGUAUCACUAAUAAUAAUAAUAAUAAUAAUAAUAAUAAUAAUAAUAAUAGCAUCACCAAUGCUGCCGCCGCCGCCACAACUAGUAACAAUAAUGGGAGUGUCACAAGUAACAAUAAUUAGCAAUGGGAAAUGGGAAUAAAGUCCUUAAACACAACUUCGCCAGGAAAUUACUUUAGGGGAAUGGACAUCCCUCCCCUUCUUUCUAUUUUAGUUUUGAUUUUUUGAUUAGUAGCCUCUAAAUUUGAUUAUUAUUUAGCAACGUUACAAGUGUCCAUUCAUUCUCGGGACAUGCGGAUUUUUUUAUAAAUUGAAUAUAAGACAAUUAUUUUUUUUCGAUUCAUGCUUGUUUUGAAUAAUGUAAUCAAAAUGCAAAGUCAAAUGUAAAGCAAACAACAGUUACAAAAAGAAAUUGAUAGUGCAAGGAAGUUAGCAUUUUUUGUCCUUUGUGCCUAGUAAUUUGAAAUUCGAGC